AUGGAAUCGGUCGGACUCUACUACAAAUUUACUAGAUGGCAGCACAAAAAAGCGAACUGGCAUCAUCAAAUUAAGAAUUUUAUGUAGGUAGCUCUGGUAUUAACAGCUGUUUUUUGUUUACAAGUUCACAACCUAAAUGAGUGCAACGUCAAAUGAAGUUCGGAAACGCAAAAGAGAAAACGAAGUGAAAAAAUGGACAGAGGAUGAAAUGAAGAAGGUAUUGAGCUAUAUGCAGGGGCACAGAAAUAUCGAGAAACCAACCGCCCAACUGUAUGACAAAAAAUUGUUGGAAGAAACCAAAAUCGAUGCGACUUGGAAUAUGCUAAAAUGCAAAGCUCGCCACCUAAAAGGCACCUUGCAAAACGUCGAUGGAUGGAGCGACUCUACCGCCGCUGGACUGGGGGAUGACGAAAAUUUAACUACCAUUAGAAAAAAAGUGCUUAAAAAAUGUCCACAUUUGGACCAACUUUUCGACAUUUUUUCGAAAUCGAAGGAAAUUGAAGUUGUUGUAAUGGACACGUCUACCGAUGUUUUCGAUUGCAGUAUACUCGAUGCGACUGAUUUAGAGGACGAGAGCUUUCCGGCAAGUGAUGAACCGAGCACCUCAUCUGCAGCUACCACGUUUGCAUCUAGAGUUAAGCGUAGAAAAAUUUUCGAGAAAAGCAGGUACAAUUGGAAAUCCAAAAAUUUGAAUGGACGAAAGUGGUUGAGAAGCAAAAAUUAGAAAUGGAGAGGCGAAAGCUUGAAAAUGAUUUCGAGAUUAAAAAACUAGAAUUAGAGCAAAAUGAAAGAUUAAAAUGGUAUGAAAUUGA